CCUCAAAUCUGUGACUCUUUGACAGCUGUGAAUGAUUUUAUCAAAAAGUUUUAAACUUUGAAGCCCAAAACAACAAAUUUCACAACACUGAACACAGUCACAUACAUAUUCAGUAGUGUACUUGCUUCAGUUACCGAGUUCAACUCAACCAUUUCACUUUCUUCAACAGAACUCCGAAAACAGAGAGAGUUUGAGAGAGAUAACAACUACCCAUUUUUCCUUUUUACUCUCUCAAUGCACUGGAACUAGAAAGAUUUGAUUUUUGUUCUUGUUGAGACAUAAAGACUGGUUCUUUAAACCCUUGCAGCAUUGUUCAUCUCCUUCUCUUUGAUGGUGGUGAGAUAAAAGCUAUGGAUAUUUCAGACUACACAAGGAUUGUAUUUGACAAAAUUCAGAAAUUUGAGCCUGAGCAUGCUUCAAAGAUAAUUGGCUAUCUUCUUCUGCAAGACAAUGGUGAGCAGAAAAUGGCGAAAUUGGCUUCGUGCCCGGACCAAUUCAUCGGCGAAGUCGCGUUUAAGGUGAAAACCGAUCUUCAAAGGUUGGCUAUUAAAUCAGCCGUAAUUCCAAUUUUGCCUAACCCUCAGCAAGGUUUAAGCCAUUUAGCAGUAAUCUCUCCCAGAAAUCUUCCUUCGCCACCAAACUUCCAGGUUCCCUCUCCCUAUUGGGAUCCACUGUCUGCUAGAAAUACCAAUACUAAUCCAGAAUAUAGGGCAAUGAAUUACUUGGAUUCUAUGAUAGAACUUCAGAAACAGACACAGUUGUUGAGUUUAGAGGAUCAUAUAGAACCUGCAAAUACUGGAACUGGAGGAAUUGGAAUUCCCAGUGAUUACUUUGGCUUAGAUGCUUCUGCAGCUAAUGUGGGUGGAAAAUCUGGCAGAAGGUUUUCGAGCCUGUCAGAAUUUCCGUUGAAGAUCUGUCACUAUUUUAACAAAGGAUACUGUAAGCAUGGAACUAACUGUAGAUACUAUCAUGGACAUGUACUCCCUGAGAAUUUCUCUCAGAUGUAUGGAAAUGACACUAAUAGUGAGGAUCAAGUGUUUUCACAAGGGUCACUAGCACAGUUGGAGUCAGAAAUUAUUGAGCUCCUGAAACAGAAAAGAGGCCAUCCAAUGUCAAUUGCUUCACUGCCAAUGGCGUACUACGAUAGAUAUAAGAAGGUAUUGCAAGCAGAUGGUUAUUUGACUGAGAGCCAGAGACAUGGUAAGUCUGGCUAUAAUUUGACAAAGCUUCUUGAGCAACUGAAUGGCAGUAUUCGGCUAAUCAGCAGGCCUCAUGGGCAGCAUGCGGUGGUUCUGGCAGAAGAUGCCCCAAAAUACAUUAGAGAGGGUGAUUCUGCUCAAAAUAUUAGUGCAUCGCGACAAAUAUAUUUGACAUUUCCAGCUGACAGCACUUUCACAGAGGAAGAUGUCUCAGACUACUUCAACACAUUUGGGUGUGUUGAAGAUGUUAGGAUCCCGUGCCAGCAGAGAAGGAUGUUUGGAUUUGUGACUUUUGCUGACCCAGAAACUGUUAAAAUGAUUUUGGAAAAGGGGAAUCCCCACUAUGUUCGUGGGUCUCGGGUGCUUGUGAAACCUUACAAGGAGAAGGCUAAGACUUUAGAAAGGAAGUACGGAGACAGAGGAGAGCACUCUGUUUAUUGUUCACCACACUAUGUAGACUUGGACUCUGAACUUGACUCAAUGCCAAUAAGUACUGGGAACCAUAGAUCUAUAAGGAGGCAGCUGAUUGAAGAGCAGGAGCAAGCCCUUGAAUUUCAAAGGAGACGGCUUGCACAGUUGCAGUUUCUCCAACAACCUUUGUCCACUUCGCCUCAUUUUGGUGUCUCCAUUGAUGAAUUAAGAGUUCCAGAUGAUAAUUUCAAUCUCCAGCCUUCAGAAUCUUUAAGUUCUGCUCCGAAUGAUAGACCCAAGCAGGCAGACACCGAUUCCUCUGAUGAGAACAGCCAUCAAGGAUUCGAUCUCCCGGACAGUCCAUUUUCUUUUGCCAACAUAUAAAGUGAGAUUUAGGCAGUCAUGUAGUUUCAGAAACACACAGGAGAAAUAGAGUUACAACAGAUCCAGGCCUAAGGCAGAAGCUUUUUUUUGGUACAUAAUACAAGAACUAUUUUCUCAACUAGCUCAGCAGUAUAGUCAAAUUCAGCAACUACAUACAAGCAAGUGACAUUUGAAGAAUUUCCUCUUCACAACUGGGAUUGCUGGAAUUAUAACAUUUAAUGAUACAUGUAAGAAGGUUAUAGUUUUCAUCAGACUUGGUUUUUAGCAUAAUCAUGUAGUUACUAGUUAGGACUUUUCCAAAGUUAUAGUGAAUGAAAAAAAUCAGGUAUAUGGGUUAUUACAGUUUUAGGUGAAGUUUGAAGAACCUUUUUUGAAUCUAUGGUUAUGGUCUGAGGAGCUAGUUUACUCAGUAUGAACAACUUCAAUAGCAGUUUAUGGUAAGCCAAUUUGAAGUAUUUUGCAUUCUUUA